GUCAAGAUUUUCUGUUGUGCUUCCUGUUUUAUCAAGGUUCCCAGAGCUAUCAUCCUAUUUAUCCUCUGAAGAUACCAGACACAAUUUCUCAAGCAAAGCUUCCUUCCUUCCAGUAAUUACAGUUUUUCUCAAUUGCUUUGGCUCACUUCUCAAAUGAGAAUUAGAUUUAGAUUUUUUAGGAGUGAACUAGUCAAAGAUGUUACAGAAUUUAGAUUUAAACACAAAAUCAAUUUAGAGCAUUGGCCUACAUUCAAAUGUGCACAUCCCUUUUUUGUGUGUGAGUAGUAAGCAGUCAGUGUAAGCAGUCAGUGUCAACCAAAAAAGUUAAAAAAAUAUAUAUAUUUGUACAUGUGAAAAAUCAUCUGAACAUUUUAACCAGAACGGCUCACAUAAAGACAAAACCUUUCCAUUGAGAUUGACAUUGGUAAAAUACAGCUCUGGAAAAAAAUAAAAGGCCCUUUUCUUAACUUUCCCUAUCUCAUUGUUUGGAAAUAAAAGGAAAAGUUGCAGUGGUUUCUUAAGUUUUGAAGCAUUAAUUAAAUGUUUUAGGUGAAUUACUGCAUUUUGCAGACAUGCAACAGAGUUGUGAUGUACUAUGAAAUACUUGUUACAAUUGCACAUAGUUUAGGAUAUGCUAAGAUAAAAUAAAAAUAAAAGUCUUCUCUGACGAUCCUCCUGAAGAUCAUGGCUUAUCUAAAUGGCUUAACAGGUCAAAGCACUGAGGAGAAACUCCCUGUAUUUGACAUAUAUAAUAUCAGAUGUAUACAUACAUCAAUCUCGUUCUAAACCCACUCUUCUACAAGUUAAUGUCUAAAUUGACUUUUAACCAUGGAUGGUUCAUAACUGUUUUUAUUUUUGGACAAACGUCUCCUGGAGGAAGGAAUCUAAUGACAGUUCUGGUGAGAGUAUUUUAUCUCCAUUCAUGUCUCGGCUGAGACAUUCCCGGGAGCGCGGAAUUGACGCGGCCACGCGCAUUUAGAGGACAUCACAGCAGUGCAGCUUCGCGUGACCAGUCUCAAGAAACUCACCACCGACUUCUUGGAAAAAUAUUUCCCAUUGGAGAAGUAAAGUGCAAUUUAGAUGAAAAGGAAACUAGUUUCAAUUGAGUCUUGUUUGGCAUGGAUAGCAGGCUAUCAAAAGAGGUAUAGGUUGAGAAUCCAAAUCAACAGUUCUUUCCAAUGCACCAUUUAAAUACUAAACGCAGAAAGAAUGUCUUUUAAGGAGCCGUUUGAUUCCUCUUGGGACAUGGCGAAUCAGUACCCAAAUCUAUCCGUGGCGCACGGAAACCUAACACUCCCCUCUGAACAGUCGAUGUGGUAUACCGGGGUCGCCAUUGCCGCAGUUUACGGUGUAAUCAUAACCGUUGGUCUCAUUGGUAAUAUAACGCUCAUUAAGACCCUUUGCUCCACUAAGUCCGUAAGGAAUGUACCGAAUCUGUUCAUGUCGAGUCUUGCGCUCGGGGACGUGCUCCUUUUGGUCACCUGCGCACCGGUGGAUGCCAGCCGGUACCUGGCUGAAGAGUGGCUGUUCGGUAGAGUGGGAUGUAAACUCAUACCGUUCAUACAACUCACGUCGGUUGGCGUUUCCGUGUUCACGCUUACUGCGUUGUCCGCAGACAGGUACAGGGCCAUCGUCCGGCCCAUGGAGUUGCACACCUCCGGCACCCCACAGGGGAUUGUGCUGAGAGCUGCGGCCAUCUGGCUGUUCUCCAUGACGCUGGCCGUCCCCGAGGCUGUGUUCUCCGACCUGCACGCGUUCCACGUCAACCACACCGAUGAGCGCUUCGUCACGUGCGCCCCCUACCCCAACACCGGCGAACUGCACCCCAAGAUCCACGCCAUGGUGUCGUUCCUCCUCUUCUACGUGCUCCCCCUGCUGGUCAUCACUGUGUACUACGUUUUCAUCGCUAGGAGCCUCAUGCUGAGCGCUCACAACAUGCCCGUGGAGGGGAACGUGCACGUCAGGAGACAGAUGGAGUCGAGGAAGCGUUUGGCCAAGACAGUUCUGGUGUUUGUUGGUUUGUUUGCUGUCUGCUGGCUGCCCAGUCAUGUGGUCUACCUGUAUCGCUCUUACCAUUAUGGACAGGUGGACACCUCCCUGGCCCACUUCCUGUGCAGUGUCGUGGCUCGCGUCCUGGCCUUCACCAACUCCUGCGUGAACCCCUUCGCCCUCUACCUGCUGAGCAGAAGCUUCCAGAAGCAGUUCAACGAGCAGCUGUGCUGCUGCCAAGCCCUGAUCCGCCGGAGGUCCCUGGCGGCCGUGCGCAACCACACACACCUCACCUCGCUGCGCAGCACACACCACUCCGUGGCCAGCGUCAGCCUGGCCAAUGGCAACAAGCCCGUCUGCCAGGAAGACUCUGUGUAGGGGGGUGAGGGGAGUAAAUGAAGGGGGGAGAUGGAGGAGAGAGAGAGGACUGUAUGAUAGUGUAAGGCCUGUGAGUGCUGUGAGUAUGGUCGGGGAGAUGGGCUGGUGCGUGUGUCCAGGUGCUGUCUCCUGGUUGUGUGUGUCCAGGGGCUGUCUCCUGGCUGUGUGUGUCC